AUGAAUGACGUUUUUGGACACUUAAAGUCGCUGCUGAAAACCGACGAGAUAUGCACCGACAACUUAGUGUUUAAAUUGCACUACAAAGCGACUUCUCUCAUCCUACUAGGUUUCUCGGCUUUUUUAACAUGCAGGCAGUACUUGGGCAAUCCGAUUGAUUGCAUGGUUGAUGGUGGUGUUCCGGACCAUGUCAUGGACUCAUACUGUUGGAUACAAUCGACGUUCAACUUACCCAAUCGUAUCAAUGGAAAAGCAAGCAGGAACACAGCGUAUCCGGGUGUCUCGAAUUUCGAAGAGGGUGUUGAUGAUGUCAAGUACCAAAAUUAUUACCAGUGGGUAUGUUUUGUGUUGUUCUUCCAGGCCGUGUUCUUUUACAUACCCAAGUACAUCUGGAAUAUAUGGGAGGCUGGACGCAUGAGGGAACUGGUCCUAGAUCUCAACUGCCCACUUUCCUUCGAAUCCGAACAUAAACAAACAUUGGUAAACUACUUUGUCGAGUACCUUCACAAGCAGAAUUUCUAUGCUAUCCGGUUUUUCUUCUGCGAGAUCCUUAACUUGUGCAACGUCUUUCUUCAAAUUUAUUUUAUGGACUGCUUUCUUGAAGGUGAGUUUAAAACCUAUGGUUAUGAUGUGUUAAGAAUGACCGAAUUGAAUCCUGAAGAUCGCGUGGAUGUAAUGUCUCGAGUGUUUCCUAAAAUCACUAAGUGUACAUUCCAUAAAUAUGGUCCAACUGGCACUAUACAGAAAUUUGACGGUAUGUGCGUAUUGUCACAAAACAUUGUGAACGAAAAAAUGUAUGUAUUCUUAUGGUUCUGGUUCUGGUUUAUUGCCAUAAUCAGCGCAUUAAACUUUGUGUAUCGUAUACUUCUCAUCAUGGUACCCUAUUUCCGUUUGUUAUUAUUGAGAUCAAGAACUGAUUCCUUUUCUUAUGAAAAAUUAAAUACAUUAACUCAGAAGUUUUGGUUUGGUGAUUGGUUUGUCUUUUAUCAAUUGGCCAAAAACAUCAGCCCCGUGGUUUUCAGGGAGAUUGUAUCAGAACUGACCAAGAAGUUUGAGGGAAAAGAUAAUGUGUAAAUGUAUCUAAUUCAAUAAAUCUAAAACCAUUUAAAAUUCA